GGCGUCUUUCUGCUGGUAACAUAAACGUCAACGGACCAGCGAGAAUGACUUCGAAAGAUUAUGGCACUCAGUUAUCACACUACUUUCCCUUAUCGUUUGUUCUUGACAAAGCCUCAUUAUCACGACCCCUCGAUGUUUUCAUAAGACUGAGCACACAUCGUUCGCUUGUUGAUACUGUUUCGUCUUGCUGGUAGUUCUAACGCCGAGCACGCAGGUGUACGAUAACUAUGGGGGACGGGAUGGCGAGACGAAGUUUAGACGGAGGAGACGGCGCAAAAGAGCUUCGCGCCACCCUAACGGAUUUCUAUGAAAAUCUGCAGAAGAAC